AUGAAGCCUCAAGGGAAUUUUACGGAGGAAUCUUACGACCCAGAAGACCACGAGAUUGAGAAAGCCCUCCUUGAUCUAGGAACUGGUGUGAAUUUCCUACCUUACUUUGUGUAUCUGCAACUGGGCCUAGGAGAGUUGAAACCCACAAAGGUUAUCUUGCAACUAGCUGAUCGAUCUGUAAAGAAACCCCGUGAAAUCAUUGAAGAUGUUAUCAUCAGGGUGGACAAGUUCUACUUCCUAGUAGACUUCAUAGUUCUCAACACAAAACCUGUCCCCAAUCCCGAUAAACUAAUCCCUAUAAUCCUCGGAUGUCCUUUCUUAGCCAUGGCUAAUGCGUGCAUGAACUGUAGGACUGGAGUGAUGCAGAUAUCUUUUAGGAAUAUUAAAGUGAGGUUGAACAUCUUCAACGCUUUCCAACACCCACCAGAUGAGAAUGAGUGUUUCUUCUUGGACAUCGUCGAAGAAACUAUUGAAGACUCACUCCUUUGCCUUUUGGCAAAAGAUCGUUUGGAGGCAUGCCUGACUCACUUUAGCAGGGAUGAAUUUGAUACACAGCAAUACGUCGACGAGGUUAACACCUUGCUCGACAAUGCUACCACCAUAGACUUUCCACCUUGGAGAGUACCGAGAGAGCCUGUGCCUCUGACUUCCAGCACUUCUCCCAUUCCUUCUCUGGAGUCCCCACCAAAACUUGAGUUAAAACCACUCCCUGAUAAGCUCAAGUACGCCUUCUUAGGUUUUAAUGACACUCUCCCAGUCAUCAUUGCUUCAAGUUUAUAG